AUGGGAAAAUUGUGCUCCUCAGUAAGUGUGUGCACCUUUUCUUCUCGCCAAACGAAUGGGAGCUUUCCCGGAAUGCCCCCCUGCUGGCAAUUUGCCGAGGAAGUCUUCCGGAAAGUGUUACCUUACUUGGUCUUCAGCCACCUGUUUGACACGGACCAGUGCAUGACGCAUCUGCGGUCGGUUUUAUUUGCUACUGGGCAGACAACCGAUGACUGCUUCUACUUUACAGCACUCAUCAUGUCUGCCUACAAAAUAUAUUUUAAUUCGUCGGUCUUACGAAAAUGCUGGCCAGUAGAAUUAUUUCUGAAACAUUCCCAAUAUCGACUCAACUUGUUUUCCGAGCUACCGGUUACAGUGUCCUUCUCGAACGUUCGGGAGAAAGUAUUAAGAGACAAUUGGCCCUGCUUCGAUUCGCAAACCUUAGAAAUUCCCGGAGGCCCAUAUCCUAGUUCCACCCCCAGCAUCAUAAUCACUUUGAUGUAA